GCGAAUGUGUAGAGUGUUCACUUCACUUCAGUUUUCAUUUCUGGGAAGAUCAGAAGUUCAAACCUUCUUUCUGUUUUCCCUGUAUUUGUGAACUUCCAGUUGCAGAGAGCUAGCCUUUGAAUGUGCUCUAUCCUACUGCAGCAAUAGAAAUCCAAAACUUUACUGCCCUCGGACAUUCUCCAGUGUUAGUUGAAAAGCGUCGUUGACAUGAUCGACAGUUUCUGUUAAACUAUGGUAAAUGUUAAACUAUCAUUUGUGUUAUCAGUAAGGCAGCGAGAGUUCUCCUUGGGAGGACGGUGCCAUGCGAAACAGAAGCAUGGCAGGAGUACCAAGGUGGGCCAUACUAAUGCAUGGAUACGUCUCAUUAACACGAAUUCAGAUGAAACCAGCAAAUGUGCUUUGAAGGCCAAGUCUAGUAUUUCUUAGAUACAACUUCUUCAGCUCAAAGGUUCGAAGCGUAGCAUGCUCGAGUGUCGUAACCAGCCGAGGAAAUGCUAAGGUAGCCGAUCUGAAAAGCGAAGUGAGAAGAAUUGAAAGGACGAUAAAUGCCUUCGACAUCGCCGUCAAUGCAGCAGCUCCUAAAAUUCAUCAUUGUGGGCGACUCAGGAGUUGGGAAGGCAUGUAUUAUGAUGCAUUUUAUCGAGAGGCGCUUUCAAGGGUCUCAAGAUCCGAAUGUUGGUAUUGAGUUCGGAACUCUUUCAGUUACAAGAAAGGAUAAACUGAUCAAGCUUCAAAUAUGGAAUUCGGCUCGGCAGGCUGCUCUCCCAUCAGUACACAAGUCCCAUUAUAAAGGAGCAGCUGGGGUUGUACUUGUAUAUGACAUUACCAGGAGGGAGACUUUCAAUCAUCUCAGCAAGUGGUUGGAAGAUGCUAGAAAGCAUGGGAGUUCGAGUAUGACUUUGAUUGUCCUUGGAAACAAAUGUGAUAUGUCUCAUAAGAGAGCAGUGAGUUUCGAAGAAGGCGAACAGUUUUGCAAGGACAAUGGUUUAGCCUUCUUUGAAGGCUCUGCAAAGACUGCUCAAAAUAUUGAGGAGGCAUUCGUAAGUACUGCGUUAAAAAUAUCACAGAUAAUGGACGAGAAUGCUGCAGAUGGCGCAAAAGAGGAUCGCUCACCUCCCAAAUCCAAGGUGGGCUGGGACAUUUCACCUUCACCACAAGAUCAGGCUGACGGUGUGUUCAAGCUCAUCACUGGUCGUCGCCAACGGGGAUCCAAUGCUCAGGCAGCUCCAGAUAGGUCUAAACACUCUCAAGAAGAUGAGACCCAGGACAUCCCUGAACUACAAGACGGGAGCCAGGUUACGGCACCUCCAAGAGUAAUCGCUCAACGUGUUCCUUCGUUUAAGGAGCUUGAUACCAACAUGCCAUACCUGCUGCCAUUCACUUACGAAGGAGGCAUAGAUCUACGGCCACUUAUAUCUUCUCUGUCACCUGUCUCUCAAGUUUCCGAAGAGGAUACACAUUGGGAUCCAAAGAGUCUUCUUGCCGAGAUGAUAUUCAAGAUGAACGAGAACAAGGAGGUGUUGAAGUGCGGGAUUUAGUCUCAAAGAGGACGUCGUCGUGAACUUCCAUGAGUGCAGAAGGUUAUGUCUGUACAAAUCUCUACAUUUGUGAAAUCUUUUUGAUAUUACGCUGCCGUAGAAGCCAAUAACGUCCGUAUUGCCACAUCAUAUCCGAUGUAGAACAUACUGAGACUCGCAAAGUACCGUAGCAAGUUAUAGCAGGGCAUCUGAUUCUCCAACAAGUUGCUGAAUGAUGAUUAUGACGUCUACCUUACAGCACCAGAUUCCCCCAGGAUUCUGGACAGACGCUAAGUCUCUUCGUCGCAGGCAUUUGACAUAAGUAAGAUAAUGUCCGAGAAAUGCAAAAUCCGAGAGCAGCAAAUCUCGACUGACAUUAAACCUUACAAGAAGUGCAGCAGUAGCUUUUUUGAUUUGGACGUACAUUCAUCUACAAAACCUUAUAUGUAACCCCAUCUGACGGUUGAAAUGGUGCAUGAAUCGAUACAUCAGCUUCCGUACGAAUCCCAGCCAUCACAAACCACAUAAAGACGUGACAAUCUACAGGGGCGAUGAACUCCUCUUGUCAACUGCAGUUUCCCACCAUGAACUCUGCGCUAUUACCAAAUAAAAGUAAGAGAAAUGAUUCC